AUGCGUCAUAGAUCGCGUUUCGGGGUCGAGACUGCUGUUCGACAGAUGACUGUGGAGUUGCAAAUUCAUUGUGUAGUAAAUGAUAUGUUAUUAGCUGUAUUGGAUGAUUUUCUUCAUGUUUUACGUGACUUAAUCAUGGAAGUUGACAACGAUGUAGAUCAAACGCUCUUGCAGCAAUUUAGCUGCAUGGGCACUACGGAUAGGGACGAGCUAGUGAAGCAGUUACAAAUGUUGGUUGGGAAUAACUUAAACGCGACUGCAGCGUCCUUCUUUCUGGAUAUGAAUAAUUGGAAUCUGCAGGGAGCUGUGUGUUCGUAUUUUGAUUUCGAAUCUCCAUAUAAAUUACCUUCAAUGACACUCAUACGUGAUAUGACUGUUGGUGAAGGAGAAAGUAUACCACCAUCCACAAAAUUCACCAAAACCUGGAGGGUUCAAAAUGUUGGUGAUGAAGUUUGGCCACCAGGAUGUUGCCUGUGCUUCAGUGGUGGUGAUCAGUUGUGUGCAGUAGAUCGUUUGUCUGUUUUACCUGUGGGUCCAGGCUGCACAACAGAUCUUACUGUUGAAAUGGUUAGUCCUCAGCAGCCUGGCAUGUAUGAAAGCAAGUGGAGAAUGACAACUCCUGGAGGUUCCUAUUUUGGAGACAUAAUUUGGGUCAUUUUGACGGUAGCUGAAGGUGGUACUAUGGCUCUCACACAACAGUUAGCCCGUCUAAAUGAGUUAGGUUCUUCUCCAAGAACAGAGGAAACAAGCCUGAAUCCCUUUGGUCCUAUUAAUAGACCAUCUAGUCAGACUUUGUUCCAAGACUCUGUGCAGCAAACGCAAGAUGGUGAUGCAAAUAUGAUGUGUUAACAUUUUGGUGUGUGAAUGAAUGGGUAGACUGGACAAAAAAGUGUUAUGUUUCUCGCAGGAGCUACAGCUAAAAGACGUUGGAAGAGUGCUACUUGAUCUUCUUGCACAAUGGUCAUAGCAAACGCGAUUUUCAUUCAGUUGGGCAUUAAUGGAUUAAGUAAAAUUGUCAUUGAAGGAAAUAAGUGAAUUUCUGUCUGAACAUGCCCAUUCAAUAAACUCAACAUGGAGAAAUUGGUAGUUUCAAUUUUGGAUGAUGCGUUUACUUCUGAGUGAAUGUUCUGAGAACUGUGUGAGUUUUUUUUAUUGUGGUUUGAUAUGUAGAGAAGAGGACAUUCUUCCGUUGUUACAUAUUUCAAGCAUUAUUUGUUGAGUUUUUAAUAUUAACAUGGGUUUGCUAAUGAAAGCAAAAAAUAUAUUCAUUCCCUCUUUGUUCCUCCAACAAUUAAAUUUGAUAUUAUGUAGUGAAAUUUUGUUGGGUUUUAGUCUACAGUUUGAUGUAAAGCUUUUAUUUUUAAAUAGACAAGUUACAUAGCAUUUUAUGUACACUUUUGUACAUUUUGUACUUUUGGGUAUGUAACUCACACUGAUUCUUGCAUCUUUUCCCUUAUUACAAAAUGAAAGGUGUAUGGUAAUUGGUAAAGAAAAAUGGUCUAAAACUACAAAUUUUCAUCACAAUUAAAUCACUAAUAUAGAAACCUGUCAAUAUUUUGAAACAGUGUUCUCUGCUAUUUAUCUUUUAGAUUUAUUUGUUUAGAAUGCGCGUUAUAGUAUUUCUUCUUGAAUCAUACAGAAUAGUGAACAUUAUAAGGAAAUACUCCACUGCAAUCUGUUUCAAUUUUCUAUUUCGAUUUUUGAUGUAUUAGUUAAUGCAGCUUGAAUCUGAAAGUCUGUUGAUCAUAUGAAUUAGCUGCAAGAAGACAGUUUUGAGUGGUUUGCUCUGUAAUUAAUAUUUGUGUUCAGAGUUAAUAAAUGAUGUGGUACUAAUGUGUUGAUGCCUCAAAACACAAUUCACACAAAUUAAUAAGCAAUAAUUUGAAAAUCAUGUGAAGCUAAAACACUUUGUAAUAUUUAUUGCUGUUUUGGCUGAAAACUUGUUGUUUAUUUAUAAAUUUUUGAAAAAUAGGUUGUAGUAAUAUUAUUGUAAAUAUUAUAUUUUUAACAAACAAUGUAAUAUAUGUGUCAUAAUGUAGGUAACAAUAUCAUACAUUUCAGGCUUCAUUAACUAAACUUCCCGAUUGGUCUUAGAUGGGCCCAAAACAUCAUAAUCCCCAUAAUACUUCCAAUAUUGCUCACUUGACUACCUUUUACUUGUUACUUGGUGAUAAUGAAAUAAGAUGUUCGUCCUUGAUCAUUCAUGCAUAUGCAUGCGUUUAUUUGAAGUUAAAAGAUUCUAAACUAGAUCUUUCCAGCUAAAUUUCUUUCUGUCUAAUUAAAAUAUAUAUAUAUGUCACAACAUGAUACAAAAGAAAAUAAUGGUGCAGUCCAAAGCUACUUUGCACGUUUAUUUUUAUAUGUCAUAUACAAAUUAUAUUGUAGGUCUUGUUUUUUAUGGAUUGAAUUCCUAAAGCCUAUGUCAAGAAAUGCAUGCAUCACUAAUUCCCAAAUAUAUACAAUAAAUCAACACAAAUAGACAUUAUAAUUUAAUUUCAAGAUGGAAAUUAAAUAAUGUCGUCUUGAAAAUGCCAGACAAAAUUACUUCAGAGGUAGAUAAACAUAAACACACAUACUGUGUAUAGAUUUACAUGCUAAUGCACCUUUUCUGUGGGUACUUCUUUUUUUAGAAUAUCCUGAACAAUAUUAAAAAAUUACGAGAUUCUACUGUAGUGUCUUAAAAGGGUCCAGGUAUUAUGAACUUAUUUAAAUGCUACAACAAAUACAUGUCUUUGCGAGGAAUAACUUUCUUAUGUUGCUGAACUUAUAAAUUAUUUUAGACUGGAAUUAUUACAAGAUGCUGUUUCAUGUAGCAAUGGAAUUGUUGCAACAUGCUCUUUAAUGUAGCAAUGCAGAAAAAGAUUACUUAUCUGUGUCUGUAAUUAUACCAGUUUCUGAAUUACUGUUAAAUUUUUGUGAAUUUUUGAGUUCAGCUAUCUUGUGUAAAUUUGUUGUAGUUUUGAAAAGACCUAGAUAUAUCGUUUUGCAGAAUACUUUUUUACUUUACCCAUUGAUUUAUGUUUCAAAAUCAAUUUUUGGAUAUCCAUUUUUGUUUCAAAUAUAUAUUUACAAUCUGAAGAUUUGUUCAAGGCUGAUAUUGUGUGUUAUUACAAGUCUUCCUGUGUCAUAUAAUGCAAUGUGUUUUAUGCUGUGUUGCAAGUGUUUUUUUUUACAUGACUUGGGUUUCUUUCAAACUUGGUAAAUUCACAAAGAUAAAUCAAUUGUCAGUGUACAGAAAGUUAAGUAAUCUUCAUUAUACAAUUUUUCAUUGCUUCUACAGAAAUUCAAGAAAUUUUAGAGAAGCAUUUGCAAGUGAUUCAUUACAAAGAACAGUUGAACUAGUUUGGGAAAACAAUGUUAUGUUUUGUUUUAUCUAAGACUUUGAAUUUCUUUAUGUGAAUGUAGCAUACUGUGUUGUUCUGAUAAUUUUUGAGGAAAAAAUAAAUGUGAUUUUGGCAUACUUCUCUUUAUUUUGCUAUGUUGCCCAUUAAACAUUAGCAUUGCAUUAGUUUAUGAAAAAGUAUUCAUGUUGUACUAGUGAUAUGAUUUAAAACUGUAAUAUUCAUUCAAUUUGAAUAUAGGACAUGUGGUUGUAAAAAAAAUGAGAAUGAUGUUGUGUGACUAUGUUUAGCAAAAUUGGCUCAUUUCCCUUAUCGUAACAAACAUGAAGGAAUGAAUUUGUUCCCAUUAGAAUAUGGUGAAUGACUACAUGGGACUGCAAUUGGAAUAGCAUAACCGUUAAGGUGCAGGGAUGCUUCGGUAAGGGUAUCCAAUACCAAGAUGACCAUCUUCUUUCUUGUUUUUACUUGAACAAAGAUUACUUGUCAUGCUUGAAGAAUUUAAAAUAGUAAUAAGAAAAUGGUGAAUUUUUGCUUUAAAGUUUUAUGUUUAUUAUUCAACCAUAGAGGAGAGAGAUCUGGAUUUCCUCUGUGAGAAACUAUCCUCUGAAUCAUGAGGAUUGCUCUCAGUACCCAUACUCUCCAAACUCUUUCGACUAAGGCCAUAGGUUUGAAUCCAUUGAUAAGUGAAAGAAACAUGUGAUAACAAGGUACAAUUUAAUCUAAAUUGUCAAUGUACUAUACGAGUCAAUGAAGUGUUCAUUUAAAAUUAAGUGAAUAAUUGUUAGGGAUCUGUGGGUAUCCUGACUGUAAGGUCUGGGCUAUUCUGGGUUCAAUGUAUUGAAAAACAAGAGAUUAAUCAUUGUUCAUAAUCAAAAUUGUAAAUAAUGAAAAUAAAUUAUAUGUAGAUAAAUAACAAAUAAAUGAUGGGUUUUAUAUAUUUUAAAACUAAAUA